AUGGUCACUGACCGAGGCGUUCAUGCGAUGAUAGAUGCAGUUGACAUGCUUCAAUGGGUGAGAUCUAGCGAGAACAAGUGGCGAGUCGAUAACCAGGGAGGCACCGCGGGGAAAGGAUUGGAUCGCCGGAAGGCUGGGGAUGAUCCUACAACAUUCAAUCGUCAAUUGAGGGGGGUCACUAGACCAGCUUGGUAUGGAUUCGAAAAUAGUGUGGUAGAACUAUAG